GAAAAAGGAAAUGAAACCAGAGACAGAGGGAAGCUGAGCGAAAAUAGACCUUCCCGAGAGAGGAGGGAGCCGGGGGAGAAAGGCAAGGUCCCCUCCCCGCCCCCGGGCCGCCGCCCCCUCCCUGCCCUCAGCGGCGAGCUGCGCGCCGCGACCCGGGCCGAAGGUGUGAGGGGAGAGGGGCGGCCCGGCGGGCGCGCACCAUCCCUGCGGGCGGCGCGGAGCCGGCGACAGCGCGCGAGCCGAGCCGAGCUGCACCGGGUGGCGGCGGCGGGACCGGGAUGGAAGGGAGCGCGGUGACUGUCCUUGAGCGCGGAGGGGCGAGCUCGCCGCCAGAGCGCCGGAGCAAGAGGAGGCGCAGGAGCGGCGGCGGCGGCGCCGGAGCACCCGAGGGGGUCCGAGCCCCGGCAGCCGGCCAGUACCGCGCCACAAAGGGAGCGCCCCCGCCGCCUGGCACGCCACCUCCCUCCCCAAUGUCCUCGGCCAUCGAAAGGAAGAGCUUGGACCCGUCUGAGGAGCCAGUGGAUGAGGUGCUGCAGAUCCCCCCGUCGCUGCUGACAUGCGGAGGCUGCCAGCAGAACAUCGGGGACCGCUACUUCCUGAAGGCCAUUGACCAGUACUGGCACGAGGACUGCCUCAGCUGUGACCUCUGCGGGUGCCGGCUGGGUGAGGUGGGGAGACGCCUCUACUACAAGCUGGGCCGGAAGCUCUGUCGGAGAGACUAUCUCAGGCUUUUCGGCCAAGAUGGUCUCUGUGCCUCCUGUGACAAGCGGAUCCGUGCCUAUGAGAUGACCAUGCGGGUGAAAGACAAAGUGUAUCACCUAGAAUGUUUCAAAUGCGCCGCCUGUCAGAAACAUUUCUGUGUGGGUGACAGAUACCUCCUCAUCAACUCUGACAUAGUGUGCGAACAAGACAUCUACGAGUGGACUAAGAUUAACGGAAUGAUAUAGACCAGAGGCCCCCAGUCACUGUCUCCGUGGGGGUCUUCACUCUUAGGCACUUUGGGGACUUGAGGGUGGGAUGAGGCAUUUCUUAGGGGAUGGGAGACCCUGACUGGGCACAAGACACAGCAUCCAAGUGACAUAAUGCAAGGGAUAAGAUUUAAAUGUGAUAAAAUAACCAGCCUUUAGGAAAGACAUAGACAGUGGUCACAGCCUAUCCGUAAUAACUGACAUGAUUAAUGAAGGAAAGGAGCACUCGGGGAAAAGCGAACGCUGUGCCAACAUAAUGGAACUUCCCGUCUACAGAUAGGGAGUUGUUGUGUAAAGACAUGUUGUGACUUUGACCCUUGAAAACUAGAGAUGUGCAAUUGAUUUCUUUUCUUCCUGGCUUUUAUGACAACCCUGUUCCAAUCACUGUCCUCCACCCAAGGGGAAGACAGAGAGGAGAGCAGCCACCCUUUUUUUCUUGGCCACCUUCCCAAGGCUUAAGCUUUGGAUCCAAGGGAAAGUGCAUGGAGACACAUUUCAGUUGAGAAUGGAAACUGCCACUUUUCACCAAACAAUUAUUUAAAGCAAUGCUGAUGCAUCACUGUUUUUAGACACCUUAGUUGUGAGGUGAGGAGUUCCACAGAUUGUUUCUAUACAAAUGUAAAUCUAAAAAAGAAAAAAAAAUAAGUUGUUCAACUAUUUUAUUAUCUUAGAUUAUAUCAAAGUAUUUGCUGUGUGUAGUUAAAAAAAAAAACCCGAAAACCUCUGCAAACAAUAAAAAUGACAUUAAAAUGCA